AUGGCUGUUCCCCGGAGUGUUCAUCGACUGCAGCAGACGCUGUCCCAUAUCCAACCACCACCAGCACCCCUUCAAUGGUCAAUUGUAGCGGGACCGACUCAACCGAAGCUACUGGAUAUUACCCUGGGCGAGCUACUGACGCUGCAAGCGCUACAAUAUGGAGAUUACGAGUGCUUGGUAUUUCCAUGGACCGGGGCCCGAUGGACCUAUGCGGAUCUGAAGGAUGAGGUAGAUCGUCUUGCGCGGGGCAUGCUUGCCAUGGGCAUUCAAAAAGGCGAUCGCGUUGGCAUUAUGGCGGGUAAUUGUGAACAGUAUAUUUCUAUCUUCUUUGCGGCCGCGCGAGUCGGUGCGAUUUUGGUGGUGUUGAACAACACAUAUACUCCCUCGGAGCUGUACUAUGCUUUGAAUCAUACCGGUAACUCCUCCAAUUAUUGCCGCUUGUUGUUCAUGACUCCUCACAUCGGCCGCCAUAACCUCGAGGAAGUCUUGAAAGAGCUAGGCCCCAAGCCCAAGCAGAACAACACUUCAAAAUGUGUGGACGAGAUUGUGAUCCUUCGCGGUUACUACAAGGAUUUCCCCACCUACGACGAGAUCAUUAGCCGGGGCCAGUCACAAGCGGCUCAUCUACUACAGGAUCGUGAGGCCGAAUUGCGCCCUGACGACGUGUGUAACUUGCAAUUCACCAGCGGCUCGACUGGAAAUCCCAAGGCAGCCAUGUUGACUCACCGUAACCUUGUGAAUAACUCGCGAUUCAUUGGUGACCGUAUGAACCUUUCUUCCUUCGAUAUACUCUGCUGUCCACCUCCACUCUUCCAUUGUUUCGGACUGGUUCUAGGAAUGCUGGCGGUGGUGACCCACGGCUCGAAGAUUGUCUUCCCCAGCGAAACAUUCGAUCCCAAGGCAGUGCUACAUGCCAUCUCGGACGAAAAAUGUACAGCACUGCAUGGUGUCCCCACUAUGUUCGAAGCCAUCCUCAGCAUCCCCAAGCCUGCUGGCUUUGAUACCUCGAACCUGCGCACGGGUAUUAUUGCCGGAGCUCCCGUUCCACGACCAUUGAUGAAGCGACUUUUGGAAGAACUGAAUAUGACCGAGUAUACCAGUAGCUAUGGUCUCACCGAGGCUUCGCCUACCUGCUUCAAUGCCUUCACCACCGAUAGCAUCCACACGCGAUUGACCACGGUCGGCAAGAUCCUCCCCCACGCCCGCGCAAAGAUUAUCGAUGAAAAGGGGAACGUUGUCCCUAUUGGUCAGCGGGGCGAACUCUGCAUCGCUGGAUACCAACUCACCAAAGGCUACUGGCAUAACCCGGAGAAAACAGCCGAAACUCUCGUCAAGGAUGCCGACGGAGUGACCUGGCUGAAGACGGGCGACGAGGCUUCAUUCAACGAGCGAGGCUACUGCAGCAUCACCGGUCGGUUUAAGGAUAUCAUCAUUCGUGGUGGCGAGAACAUAUACCCCCUUGAGAUUGAGGAGCGUUUGGCGGCACACCCACACAUCGAGCUGGCCUCCGUUAUCGGAAUUCCCGAUUCCAAGUACGGCGAGGUUGUUGGCGCGUUCAUUCAGCUCGCUGCUGGUCACGCCCGACCAACCGAUGAAGAGCUGCGUGCCUGGGCCCGGGAGACCCUCGGUCGUCACAAGGCGCCGCAAUAUGUGUUUGUCUUUGGCGAGGAGGGCGUUCCCAGCACGGUACCAGUGACGGGGAGCGGAAAAGUGCGAAAGGUGGAGUUGCGGCAGAUGGCGACGGCAGCGCUGGCGCAACGAGGAGUCCAGGCGUAA